AGAGUACGAGUUGAAUACUACGUGAACGAGAACACGUUGAAGGAGAGGCUGCAUCUUUACUUCGUGAAGAACCAGAGAUCCAGUCUUCGCAUCCGCAUCUUCAAUUUGCUGAUCAAGUUGCUGACGUGCGUCCUGUACAUCAUCCGUGUGAUACUGGAUGAUGAUCCCAUCAGUGCUAAUUGUUACGGGUGCGGUAGCGCCGAUAACGCCAUCUUCAAGGCGUCACAGAACAAAACAGACGAGCAGUUCAUGGAGUAUCCCAUCAUCAACUGGAAGGCCAUCAUCUGGGUGAACAGACCCUUGCCUUUAUGGGUGCUGCAAGUAGCUGUGUCUAUUGUAUCGUUAUCAGAGGCCUUACUUCUAGCUUAUCUAAAUUAUAAGGGAAAUAUCUGGCAGAUCCUCAAGUCUUUCUACUUCAUGCUGGAGAUUGUGAACACUAUCCCUUUCGUGCUUACGAUCUGCUAUCCGCCGUUACGGAACUUAUUCUUACCGGCUUUCCUCAACUGCUGGUUGGCCAAACAUGCGCUCGAAAAUAUGUUUAAUGACCUGCAUCGGGCCAUGCAGCGGUCACAGUCUGCGCUGAGCCAGCAGCUCAUGAUACUCAGUGCCACCUUCAUGUGCCUAGUCUUUACCAGUGUCUGCGGCAUCCAGCACUUCCAGAGAGCUGGUCAUCGGGACCUUAACUUAUUCCAAGCUGUUUACUAUGUCAUAGUCACUUUUUCAACGGUGGGCUACGGGGACUAUGUCCCUGAUAUCUGGCCCUCCCAGCUCUUCAUGGUCAUCAUGAUAUGUGUGGCGCUCAUCGUAUUACCAACUCAGUUUGAGCAGCUGGCGUUCACAUGGAUGGAACGUAAGAAAUUAGGCGGGAGUUACUCGGCGCACCGCGCGCAGAGUGAGAAGCACGUGGUGGUGUGCAGCACCAACCUCCAGGCCGACGCAAUAAUGGAUUUUCUCAAUGAGUUUUACGCACAUCCUCAUUUACAAGACGGAGACUUGACGAGGGCGAGAAUGAGUGAAGCUGAAGCCUGCUUCAUUUUAGCGGCUCGCCACUACGCUGAUAAAACCGCGGCCGAUGAGCACACGAUCCUGCGAUCCUGGGCAGUGAAGGACUUUGCACCGAGCAUCCCUCAAUACGUGCAGAUUUUCCGACCAGAGAACAAAUUACACGUCAAGUUCGCUGAGCACGUCGUGUGUGAAGACGAAUUCAAGUACGCGCUACUGGCCAACAACUGCAUGAGUCCUGGCAUAUCAACACUCGUUACUCUGCUGCUGCAUACUUCAAGGGGACAGGAAGGUCAGGCCUCGCAAGAAGCAUGGCAUCGACUUUAUGGUAAAUGUUCCGGCAAUGAAAUCUACCACAUCAACCUUAAAGACUCGCGAUUCUUCGGGGAGUACGAGGGCAAAAGCUUCACAUACGCUUCGUUCCACUCACAUAGAAAGUUUGGCGUAGCGUUAGUAGGAGUCCGUCCAGCGGAACUGCCCGAGUUUUACGAAGACACGAUCUUGCUGAACCCCGGACCACGACACAUCAUGCGGAAGACGGAUGUGUGCUUCUACAUGAGCAUCACCAAGGAAGAAAAUAGCGCCUUUGUGGUGGGAAAUACGAACAGUCAAAACCCAACCGCGUCCACUAUGGCUGAUGGACGAAGAAUAUCCAACACAGGGAUGGAGAGCACUGCUUAUGUAUCCAACACUAAAUCCACGGAGCAGCAACUGGGUGGAGAUGAAGCUGCUAGUGGUGAAGAAAAAACCACGGGAGAUCGUCGUGGUGAAGAGGAUGUGGAGAAAGGACUUAUUGCCGAAGAAUGUGAAGAAAGAGCUCGAGCCACCACGAGAUCGGUUUCCGUGAACGAGCUUCAACGGAAAUUAGAAGAAGAAGUGGAGAAACGAAGGGAAGAAUGGGAGGCUGGACAAGGAAGAGGAGUCUUGAGAGAAGAGGCCCUUAUCCGCGACCGUACAGAGCUGCUGAAGAAAGACCCCCAGCGCCAUAAGCUGGAGCGCGCAGACACCACAAAGAGCGAGAGCCCUUCACUAGGCACCGCUCACUUCCUAGACGUACCGCGCUCCGACACCGCCGGCACGCUGCUUGACUACAAGCGCAGCGCUUGUAAGAACCUGGCGGGCCACGGGGGCGGCGGCAGCGACGAGGCGAGCGGCGAGAGCGACGACGAGCUCGACGAUGAAGUGCCGUGGCGCUCGCCUUCCGAGAAAACUUCAAUUGUGAAAGGUUUCCCGCCGGUGUCUCCGUACAUCGGCGUGAGUCCCACGCUCUGCUACCUCCUCAAAGAGAAGAAACCUUUCUGCUGCCUCCAGCUGGCGCAGGUGUGUGAGCAUUGCUCCUACAGAUCAGCUAAAGAGUACAACUGGCAGAACAGAGCUGUCAUCUUGGCUGCUGAUUACGCCAGUAACGGAAUAUAUAACUUCAUUAUUCCGUUGAGAGCGCACUUCAGAUCCAAGUCUUCACUAAAUCCAAUAAUCCUGCUGCUGGAAAGUCGCCCCGAUCCAGCUUUCCAGGAUGCCAUUUCCUGGUUCCCACUCAUCUACUGGAUGUUCGGAUCCAUCAGCUGUUUGGACCACCUCCUACAAGCGGGUAUCAACCUGGCCGAGAAUGUGGUCGUUGUCAACAAGGAACUCAACAACUCUGCUGAGGAGGACACACUAUCUGACUGCAACACUAUUGUUGCCGUGCAGACUAUGUUCAAGUGGGCUUUUUAUCUUCAUUUCUUCCCUACUAGACUGGAAUGCUUGCGUCGUGACAGCGCCAUCGCUGCUCUUGAAGACGCGCAGGAAAAAUCUGAAAGUGUCGAUGCUGAAAGAGUGAACAGAAGACAAAUUCGUGUUUACGGCGUCAAUGGCACAACACGCACACGCAAAAAGAGUCUCUAUCGUUCAAGUUUCCACCGCAAAAAUACCGUUCGCAAGCCAGUUUACUACUCGGAAGUCAUUUCGCAGUUGGAGAGGCGGGAGAAGGAGCGAGGCUCGCACAUCUCAUACAUGUUCCGGCUGCCGUUCGCUGCGGGGUCGGUGUUCUCGGCCAGCAUGUUGGACACUCUCCUGUACCAGGCCUUCGUUAAAGACUACCUCAUCACCUUCGUCAGGUUACUGCUCGGCAUCGACCAAGCUCCUGGCUCCGGUUUCCUUACUUCCAUGAAAAUCACGAAACAGGAUAAAUGGAUCAGAACGUACGGUCGUCUAUACCAGAAGCUGUGCUCGACAACGUGUGAGAUUCCUAUGGGUAUUUUCAGAACUAUAGAUACUUCAAAUCUCGAGCCAAGUAAUAACCUUGCUUCUGUGUUCCCAGCAUUGUGGAAAUCAGCCGAAACCUUUUCCAAUUUCCCUUUCUCGAGUCUCAACCCCGAGUUCUCCUUGAACAUUUCGGAUGAUCCCAAAGAAGGCCACAGCAACCAGAUCGAGAGAGCUGAGAUCGCUCAGCUCGUAAGAUCACGAAUGACCAGUUUAGCUCUACCGCCGGAGUCCUAUGACGACGUCUCUGAGAAGAGAAAUUCUUUGUCGUUUGUGAUCAUCAAUCCUUCGUGUGACCUCAACCUCGAAGAAGGCGACAUAGUGUAUUGUAUUUUCGUGGCCUCUUUUUCCAAUGCGGCACUCGGGCACCUAAUGUUUAAUCGGAUAUUUGAACGCCACAACUCGCGACGUAAGAGCAACAUCAGCCUGGCCGAAACUCGUCGUCGCAGCACCACCUUCAGCAGACCGCCGCCCCUCCACACCGCUCCCAAGAGCACCUCUCUCAGUCUACCCGACAGUCCACAAAUUUCCCCUGGAUACCUACGAGGUCGAUCCAACUCCCUACGUGUGGACGACAUUCUCAUGCGGAGAUCGAAUAGCCUGAGGUUCGGUCUCGAGGCGACGCGGCGUAUCAACAGUUUCGAGGAGCUAGGCAUCUCCCCCAGCGGCGGGGUGUGUGGGGGAGGACCGUUGGGGAAUGGGGAGAGACGGAGUUCUAUUAAAAUCCCUGCUAAUGGAUCCAUAGGGCUUGAGGUGACUCCACCCGAGGAGUCAGGUUCAGAUGCUUCAGUGCCGUCUAUACAAUUGCACGGUACGAUCGUUUGACAUCCAAACAGCUCCCCGAAACCUCCCUCCCAGAGGGUAUGGUUCCAGACACGGGGAGCGCAAUCCCUACCCGUCCCCAACCACGUAUCCCCACAGCUCCCAUCACCCACCUGCCCACCUACAUUACCCACCAUCCAAGUGCCCGGAUCUGAGCACGAUCAAGCAUCACCUGACUCACAUUUUUCUCCGCAACAUUUCGGCGCUUAUAGACCUACUUCACCGAGACCGCAAGGCACGAGUCGGAGAUUUAAUCCUAAUCUCGACUCUCACUAUCCCAUGGAAGCAAAGUCCACCUUAGAUUUAAGAGAACGCUUCCGGUCGGAGCUUAGGAGUCGAUCUAGUUCACUAACCGGGAUCAGAAAUGCCCAUAACCUCCCCAUGGGUCCGGGAUUUGUUCGCGGCGCGAGGAUAAAUUCGUUCAGUUCGCUCAAUAACGCUGGUCCCAAAGUGCCGCGCAGAAGCAGACUUUACAGGAUAUAAAUAUAGAGGAUUUUAGAACUCUCCUGAAGAUAUUUAUCUGCAAAUUUAUUGUUCUUGUUUGAAGUUAUAUUAUAUUGAAUAUCCGAUAUCGAAAAUAGUCUAAAAAUAGGUUAAGGUCCUGGGCGUGAAUGUUUGAAUACUAUGUCUUUAGUAAAUUAUAGUUUACUCUCGGUUACAGAUGAGAGUGAAUAAAGUACUACAUCCUUUACUGUCGGUUACAAUACACUUAAGUGACUACAGUAUAUUGAAGUAUUUAUUUUAACUUAAUUAUCUUGGUGAAUACUUGGCCCUAUCAGGCCAAAUUUAUUUAUUCCUCAGUCAUAUAAAUAUUAAUUAAUUUGUUUACUCUGUCAUAGGGUCAAUGCAUUGGAUUACACGAUUGUGUUAUACAAUUCGAUGCACACAGCUAAUCUCAGCAGAUUUCCUUCCCUUUCAAUGUUGCAGAGAAUGAGAUUUAUGCAUGAAUUCGGUAUCUCAACUUAUUUAUGUCACAAUUCAUC